GAAACAUGGCGAACACCGGUGGGGUGACAGUGGAUGGAGGAGACAUGAUGCGUUAUGCUGAAUACGUUCCAAAAACAAACGUGAGGAGCGAUGCAGAGAUAGACAGACGGCUGGGAGGGACUCUGAUAGCAGUCGGUCUUGGUGUGGCUGCUGCGGGGUUUGCAGGCCGCUAUGCAUUCCAGCUGUGGAAGCCUCUUGGACAAGUCUUCUCUGAAACUGUCAAGAAGAUGCCCAGUGCAUCAGCUUUCUCAUCAUAUUACAAAGGAGGUUUCGAGCAGAAGAUGUCCAAACGCGAGGCGAGCCUCAUUCUUGGCAUCAGCCCAGUCAGCACUAAGACCAAGGUGCGUGAUGCCCAUCGGAGGAUCAUGGUCCUGAACCACCCAGAUAAAGGCGGUUCACCGUACCUCGCUGCAAAGAUCAACGAGGCCAAAGACCUUUUGGAUAAGGAGACCCGGCGAUGACCUCCAUCGCUAACGAACAAUUUAAAGAAUUUCAUCACCUUUCGCAUGAUCUCAGCUCUGUAGUAUUGCUCCAUCGACACUGACACCACACCAGGGCAUCCACCCAGGCUCCUGGAGGAAGGCAAAAAGUUUUCAUGACUGUCAGUACUUCCUUUAUGUCAUCUUUGACAUAAAUUGUCAACAUUGUGAACAUAUAAAUAUGUGUCAACUGAGAGUGAAGGAUAUUACCUUGAUGUGACUGACAGUCAUUUUGACCUGUCAUUUAGAUGUUUUAUAAUAAAGGGCAUGGGUACGUAAAGUUGUACAGUCGCCCUCUUGUGGCUGCUCCACAGGUCAAGAAAUGGCUUAAGCAAAGAGUGCUGCUGCUGCUGUGUAUACAAUUUUAUUAUGUGUACAAAUGUUAGCAUAUAAGGAUAUAUGAUAUAAUAAUGUAAUCUAUUUAAGGGGCAGUAGAAUAAUACAUUGAAAUAUUUCCAUGUUUAAACAGUUCAUGUGGAAGCGGGGGGAAACAUUUUUUAAAUAAAGUUAAUUUGAAAACCUGUACAGUAGUUGUGUGUUAGAGUGAGUGACUGUGGCAGAGUGUA